AUGGAUGACACCGUUGCUGAGUUUAUCCGAAGAACUGUGUUAAAAGUCCCACGGGAUGGAAUCAAGGACGUGCUGCAGAAAUGGGGUUUUCUCUCCGAAGCACAGCUGCAGACCCUGAACGUCUGUCAGACCAAGGACCACGUUGCUCAAGAUGUUGUUCAGCUGUGUGAGGAAAAUUCUGCAGAUAUACAGCAAGCAGCAGUUCUAGAUAUCAUUUACACCCACGUCUAUCAGAAUAAAAGAAGGUGGAGUGUUUACCGGAUGAAGAAAACGGGAGAAGAAGUGGAGUAUUUUGGCCUAACAGAUUUCAAAAAGAAAUUCAAAAGCAGAAUUUGGUCAGCCUUGAAAAAUGUCACUAUCACCUUCAGAGAAUAUGAGGAUAAUGCAAUCUGGAUUAGAGUUGCCUGGGGAACACCACACACAAAGCCAAACCAGUACAAACCCACCUAUGUUGUGUACCACUCACAGACUCCUUAUGUCUUCAUUUCUGCCUCACUGCUGAGGGGCAAUUUGCCCCUGCUGUAUCAGGCCCUGAUUGUUGCUUCCAACUACCAUGAAAUCCAUGAAAUGGAGCUUCGAGGUCAUUCUUUAGACUCCCUGAAAGAUAUUGUGUUUAAGAGAUAUAGCCAGCAUUUCCAAACGUGUUCUCCGACACUUGUACAAAGCACUGUAGAACCAGAAAGUGAUUUAAGGAUAGUUCAGGAAAACAGAAGUGAGAAAGAAAGAAUCCAGAGGCUGACCCAGGAAGCUUUUGGAGAUGGUCCCCAACCGAAACUCGAAUUUGCACAGUAUAAGCUUGAGACAAUGUUUAAAAGUGAUCCUGAAAUGAAUGUUUUGAACAAAAAAGAACCAUUCAGGUGUCUGGUCAAGUUUUCUAGUCCACAUCUUUUGGAAUCACUGAAAUACUUGGCAGCAGCAGGUAUGGCUGAUGCACCACUCUCACCACUACUUACAAGCAUAACACAUAAAGCUAGGAAUUAUUUUAAAGUUAGAGAGAAAAAAUGUGUUAUUCCAGAAAGCUUUGUAAGCCCUUAA